UCCUGAUGGAGAUGGAAGUGGGCACAACUUUAAUGCAACAUUUCAUUCUAAGAUUCCAUUUUUUAAGCUUUAGGGACUUCGACACUAAGAUGCAUCUCUCCUUCCUGCUGCUGUGCCUGAGUUUGGUGACUUUUGUAAACUGUGAUGCUGGACAAAAAUGGUGCUAUACUGGGUGCGAGAACAGUACGUCUCAAUGGCACCUUCUGACUCACUCCUACUGUGGAGGUACAGGCCAGUCACCCGUCAACAUUGAGACAAAAAAUGUUGUGAUGAACAAACAACUUGAUGCCUUCAAAUAUACAAACUUUGACAACAAAAAUAUCAUCAACUACAUCAUUAACUCUGGCCAUACAGUGACAUGUGUACUGAAGGAGAAUAUGGUGGAGGUGUCAGGAGGACAUUUGCAAUACGUCUACUCCACCUCUCAGUUCCACUUCCACUGGGGCUCUGCAUCUUCACACUCUGAGGGUUCAGAACAUACAGUGGAUUCAAAAAGAUACCCCAUGGAGAUGCACAUAGUGAGCAAGAGGAAGGACUUCACAGAAGCAACACAUUUUCCUGAUGCCCUGGCAGUACUGGGAUUCUUUAUUGAGGUAAUGUUCAAUGUGAUAGAAAGUCAUCCCUCUGUUACGGAAGCCUGGACGAAACUCACCAACUACCUGCCAGCUAUUCAGAACAUCAGCUCACAAGUCAACGUGACAGAAAAGCUCUCCAUUGAUGACUUGCUUGGCAAUGUGAACCGAGCUGCAUACUACCGCUACAACGGCUCCUUGACCACCCCUCUGUGUAAUGAAACAGUGGUUUGGACAGUUUUUAAAGAGCCUAUCAAAGUGGAUCCAAACCUGAUGAAGAUGUUUCCAGUGCAGACAAAGUAUCAAGAUGUGUUUCGGCCUACUCAGCCUCUUAAUGGGAGGACAAUCUACGCCAGCACAUCAACAUCCAGUGCUGCCGGGCCCAUCAUACUUCUCCUGCUGCUGGCCUGUCUCUGUGCCUUUUCAUGCAGUUUCCAUCUCUACAGUCCUUCAGAGGUUGUGUUUCUGUCCUCAGGUGAGUCUACUCUUAUGGCACCUGGGAUUUCUCUGGACGACCUCCUGGUCGGGGUGAAUCGUACCAAGUAUUAUCGAUACCUUGGAUCCUUGACCACACCCAUGUGCAAUGAGGCUGUGGUUUGGACGGUGUUCAAGGAUCCUAUCCAAGUCAGCAAAGAUUUGAUUGAUCUCUUCAGCACAACAGUACACUUUACCAACAGGUCAUCACCAUUUAUGACAAAUGUCUACAGAGACAUCCAGCCAGCACAACCGGUCACAACACAACCAGACGCAACACAACCGGUCACAACACAACCAGACGCAACACAACCGGUCACAACACAACCUUCCAGCAGCAGUUCUACCUUCACAAGCUGCUACUCUGUGUGGCUGAUGGCCCUGAGUCUUGUUCUGGGAAGGAGUUAGAGCC